GGGGCUCUGUGACGUACGCAUGACGCGUGCAGGGGUAUAAAUAGUCGGCGGGCUGCGCGCUCUCACACAGGAGCCGCCGGCAAGGGGGCAAAGAGGAAGCUCUAUCGAAGCCGGAGAGAAGGUGGGCCUAGCCUGGCGGAACGGCGCUGGCUGAGCCCCGGAAGGCGGCGUCCCGAAGGCCGCUCGGAGGGGAAGACAGUGGUCGGGUGGGAAUCUGGCGUCCUCUGCCUACCGUGGCCUGGAAGGCGCCUUCAAUGGCCCCGUAGUCCCCACUGGCGUCCGCGGGCAGAAAGUGGCUGCGUCCCACCCGAGCUGUCAGAGGGGCACAUUCCAGAGGGUGUGCCUUUCUAAAAAGCUCGCUCAUAGCAAACUAAGCAACAAAGCUAUCACUUUUGAACCCCUCUGUCAGCUGGGUUGGUGCCAUAUGGAUGCCACCAGCAUUUCUCAAAGUUCUUAGGGACAGUCAGCAUCCCUGGCUUUCAAGUGUUCCUAAACUGAAACCUGGUACUAGCACCAUCCCUCUGCUGCUGCCCCGUUGGUAGCACUAAUGAGCCAAGGAGAGGGCGCUAUAUAUGUAUGUGUAUAUAUGUAUGCAUCUCACUGUCAUUUAGCACGUGGGUGUGGUAAACCUGCACUUCCCCCAAAAGAAGGCUUAAUUCGGCAAUGCACCAGAUGAGUAAGGAAUUAAACAUCAUAGUUUCAAAGGGUUUCCUUGGAUCAAUAUUUUGGCCUAGCCUUUGGUAAGAAGGUGAAAGAUGCUUUAAAUAACCAACAUUUUGCUGUGGCAUAUUGUGUUUUUAUUAGACGCUGGCCCUUCAUAGAGCUGCUAUAACUAAACCAUUCUGCUUAGCCCCGUGACACUUGCAAAGGUGUUAGGACCUGGUUCCUUGUCACAGUAGUCUGCUCUUCAUAAGGAGCAUUUGAAGGCUGUCAGUGUCUAGAACAGCCAACAUUCCCUAAGGAACUGAUAUUUUUAAUACUUCAAAGUCAUUUAAGCACCUGUCUCCUAUAUGGUGGCUCCUUGGUAGCUCAGGACCCAAUUUAAUACCCAUACUUAGUAAAGUGAAAGACUGCAGCACUGUGACUUUUCAUUACUGAAGGGAUUUUUUUUUUCCUUUUUUACCCAUUUGCAAGCCUUCAUAAUGCUUCAGAGUGAACACACACACAGGUUAGGGCUGAUUCCUGUAAGAGUUAUAGGUCUAGGGGUGUCCAGUCUGCAGCCUGUGUCCCAGGACAGCAUAAACACAACCCAACGUAUUUGUGGAUAAUAUAACCAAAUGUCUUCGAAGGUGAGACAUCCCUAGUGGAUUAUGUAAUACGCAGAGAACCAGCACUGGCAAGUGGAUCUCUGAGUUCUCAGCCAGCUAGUCUAUAAAGAAUUCAGGCCAACGGAGUCUAAAGAAAAAAGUGAGCAAGGUAGGAGAAAAGGGGGAAACUAGAGAAGACAGUUAAGGGUAAUUUGACUACUUAUUAUGGGUACGGAAGAGUACCACAGAUUUUCUGGUAGAAAUCGUUUUGCAGCAGUGUACAUUAGUGCCUGUAUGGACAUUAUUUGGAAAAAUAUGUGCUUAACUUAUCUUUCUGGAAAUGGUAAUUGGAUUUUAUAUGCUUUAUUUGGACAUAAAACGUAUUAAAGCAUUAUGGUGAUCCUGGCAAGGCUUUUCCUGCUGAUUUAUUUUAAAGUGCGUGUGUGUGCAUGUGCUUGUAUGUGAAUGUGCAUGCACGCACAUGUGGAGGUUGUAGAAGCUCCAACUUCUGGAAUUCUCUCUGGCUACCUGUGGGAUCCAGCCAUUAAAUUCAGGUUCUCAGGUCCGUGGGAGGCACUUGAGCCAUGUCUGUGGCCCACCUACCCGCUUCUUAAUGAGUGCUAGAUCGCUCACUGGUCCAGAGUGAGCACGGAUCGCUCACUGGUCCAGAGUGAGCACUUGGUAAUGGGCUUCAUUUUGGAUGUUACCGGAGUGAAUGCUUAAGAGAUUAGAAGUAAAGCUAAUAGUGUUGACAGGUUUGGUUUUAGAGACCCUAAUUAAAUAAGAAAACUCAAUAAAUCGAAUUACAGUGUAAGACUUUGUUUCUCUUCAUUAGAGUUGAAAUUAUAGACAUCCUGCCAAAAUGAUUUCUUCAAAGCCCAGACUUGUUGUACCCUAUGGCCUCAAGACUCUGCUUGAGGGAGUUAGCAGAGCCAUUCUCAAAACCAACCCAACCAACAUCACCCAGUUUGCAGCCGUGUACUUUAAAGAACUCAUUGUGUUUAGAGAAGGGAAUUCGUCUCUGGAUAUAAAAGAUCUGAUUAAACAGUUUCACCAGAUGAAAGUAGAGAGAUGGGCAGAAGGAGUGACGGUGGAGAAGAAAGAAGGUACCAAGGAACCCAUAAAAACAACUACAAUUUUCUGCGAACCUACACGGAUGGAAAAAUCCACAGACACAGAGGAGGACAAUGUGUCCGGACCACUGUUUAGCAACAAAACCACUCAGUUUCCAUCAGUUCAUGCAGAAGCACAGCCUGAGGAGACAUGUGAAGGAGCUUGGGGUCCUUCCGACAAAUCAACUACUCCUAAGAUGGCCACCCCGCCCUCCUCACCACCUCCCCCGCCUGUCUCUGCAGAGUACGCCUACGUCCCGGCUGACCCAGCUCAGUUUGCUGCUCAGAUGUUAGCACUAGCAACAAGCGAAGCAGGACAACCACCACCAUAUUCUAAUAUGUGGACACUUUAUUGUCUAACUGAUAUGAAUCAACAAAGUCGCCCAUCACCGCCACCUGCACCUGGGCCUUUUCCCCAAGCAACCCUGUAUUUACCUAAUCCUAAGGAGCCACAGUUUCUGCAGAACCCACCGAAAGUCACUUCUCCAACUUAUGUGAUGAUGGAUGACAGCAAGAAGACCAAUGCCCCACCUUUUAUAUUAGUAGGCUCAAAUGUUCAGGAAGCGCAGGACUGGAGCCCUCUUCCUGGACAUGCUGUUGUGUCCCAGUCAGAUGCCUUGAAGAGAUACGCUGCAGUGCAAGUGCCCAUUGCCGUUCCUGCAGACCAGACAUUCCAGAGACCUGCCCCAAAUCCCCAGAAUGCUAGUCCUCCUACAAGUGGACAAGAUGGCCCCAGACCGCAAAGCCCAGUCUUUCUUUCUGUUGCUUUCCCAGUAGAAGAUGUAGCUAAAAAGAGUUCAGGAUCUGGUGACAAACGUACUCCCUUUGGAAGUUAUGGUAUUGCUGGCGAAAUUACUGUGACUACUGCCCAUGUCCGCAGAGCAGAACCUUAAAAGAGUAGGUAAC